AUGAGUGGAAGAGGGAAGACAAAGGCGAGAGCCAAGGGAAAGAGUCGCUCAUCCAGAGCUGGACUGCAGUUCCCAGUUGGUCGUGUUCAUAGGUUUCUCCGUAAAGGACACUACGCUCAGCGCGUAGGUGCUGGAGCGCCAGUGUACUUGGCUGCUGUGCUGGAGUAUCUGACAGCCGAAAUUCUCGAGUUGGCUGGGAACGCUGCCCGGGACAACAAGAAGACUCGUAUCAUCCCCCGGCACCUGCAGCUUGCCGUGCGCAACGAUGAGGAGCUGAACAGACUUUUGAGCGGUGUCACCAUUGCUCAGGGCGGCGUGUUGCCCAACAUCCAAGCCGUGUUACUGCCGAAGAAGACUGAGAAGGCGGUCAAAGCCAAGUAA